AUGGAGGAUGCCUCCUCUCAUUCCCGCGCUUUUGAUCGGCUGCCCCCAAACAUCAUUGAACACAUUCUGUAUGCUGCGGAUGCCAACACCUUUGCGUCUCUAGCCCUGUUGAAUUCUCAAUGGAGGCAGAUCUCCGAGUCCACUGCUCUGUAUUCCCAUCAAUUAUCGAAAUGUCCAACGUUUCUGUGGUCACGCGGGGUAGCUCCCGCGCUAGAGUCCGAUGGCUUAACGUCCCUCAAGCGUCGAUUUCUUGAAGAAGUCCGCCGAAAUGCAUUCGAUGUGUUUUUGCGACCCCGUAAGACCCUGGUCCGACUGAUAUCCAGUUCUAUGAGCUCCUCCACGGCCUUUCCGAACGGCGAGGUCUUUCGCUUUUCCUUUUCGGCUAAUGGCCAUAUGGUUCUAUGCAUCAGCUCCUCUCGAAUUGUGGUGAUAGCAUUGGCUGCGGACCCGGUGGCCGUCAAACAUGAGUUUCAGACGCGGCGCCGACCCCUUGGAGCUACGAUUGUCGACGAUGGUUCCUUGCUCGCCGUUUUGUCGUCCUCGCACCGGGUCAAUAUCUACAGGCUUUCCAAUGAUGAAGUCAAACAGAUACAGUCGAUAACGUUGAAUGACGCCCCACGAGACCUGGCAUUCUCGCCCACUGGAAGCGUUUUAGCGUUGUCAUACGAGCGCAACAUAGAGCCGCGCGCUGCCUUCGAGUCGAUGCGCUGGCAUUUUCCCCCUGAUGGAUCAUUGUUGCUAGGAUCAUCAGUGGAUCGUGAGCAUGAUGGACUGGUCACAAUAUCGGCACCCUUCUAUACCGAAACAGGCGACGAUGCUUCGCCGGAAGAAAUCCAAAUGCGUAUGUGGACUACGCAAAUCCUGUUUCCAGAAAUGGCGCAGGAUUUGACCCAUGCCUGCUUGAUUUCGGAACAUGAUGAAGGAGACGAUUCCUGGAUUCUAGCCUAUGACGUCCCAUUAGCGGCAUUCAAAGCCCUCAAAGUCAACAAUGUCAAUGCGGGUAGAGUCUAUUUUGCCAGUCCUUUUCUUGAUGAGGAAUCUCGUGAGAUGCUUCCCACGAUGUUGCCUACAACGGACCAAGCCGGCGAGCUUGCUGCGUUAGGAUUCCAGGAUUCAAAAUUAUGGCUUUACGGUAUCCCUAAGAAUCUGGAUGUCGCUUCGGUAGAAUCAUCUGCCGGUUCAGUUAGCAAUGGCAGAACUUGGAUGGGCGGUACUCACCACAGUGCUGGGCACGCGGCUCCUCGCGAUAACCUUGCACAGCUGAACAAAAUAAUUCCACAGUCCAAGGUUUUAGUCCGUGGUCGUCCCAUAAUGGAUAUCAGCGGGAUCACAUCGGCCCGAUGGAUACACUCUGCAUCUUUGGUAAAGCCCAAACGCCGCCUUGUUGCAGUAGCUCCCGGUGGAGUGCGACCUCAAGUCUUUGGCGAUGAGGAUGUCCCCGUGGAUGGCGGAAGAAUCCUCAUCCUCGAUUUUGAGCGAACCACCACCAAUGGCGGAGAAGAGGAGCUCGACAUUGAAAUAGGCGAGACAUACGCCAAGAUGCUCAAGGAGCCGGAUUCUUCUUUAGAUACGGAGGUUGAACUGGAACGGAGGCGCACACGUUUAGUCCGUAAUGAUACGGAGGUGGCGGUCCCGGGACUUCAACGUCGCACGUCAAGAGCUCCAAACCACAACCAGCAGCGCAAUAGUCUUGUAGUGCCUGCAAUGCCGACCUCCCCCGCCGGUGUCGUUGCGAGCAACGGCGUUCCACGCUCUCAAGACACGCUUCGCCGUGCUGCUACCGCUGCCGCCUCGACACGAGGACGCUAUGAUCCCCGCUACCGCAACAGCCCUAGUCGUCGUCAAAUACCGCAUGAGAGCGAUGCUGAUAAUUGGGUGCCCCCUCCACCCCCCUACAAGCGCGAGGCCGAUGAGCCCCUCCCAGACCACUUGCGAGAAACUCUGCUGCCCCCCCAAGAUUCAGCCUCCAACCAAAUCACACCAAGAGCUAUCCAUCCGCCGCACAGGUCGAAACGGACGAAAUGUGAUUUCGGGGUGGACGAAUGGCUAUCAACGGGAGAGGACCCUUUGUCUGGAAUUGGGUCUCUUCCCCAGCAGAUACUAGCGAACCCUGCGAGCCGUAUCGCCUCCACACAACCACUCCCAACCCUGGCAAUCCACCCUGCGGAACUCCAAAAUCAUGGCCCCUUGCAUGCACCCUCAUUAGGCGCUACCGUCCUGGGCGAAAACUACUUCUCCUAUGCCGUCUCCUCUCCCAACCUGCUUCAUAUCCCUCAACCACAGGGGGAUGGCCUCGACUCUGCAGAUGAUGAUGAGAAUAUUCCCGCCCGACAGCGCUCUUUCCGCAGGCGUGUUUCAACUGAACCGACUAGCUUGCCGCCACCAUCAAACGAGGAGUGGCGCCGGCGUAUUGAGGAUUGGAAUGAACAUACCAUCCGGGAGCGAAGCCGGAAAAAGCGUGGCAAGUGUGUUGUCAUGUAG